UUCAUCCAGUCCCGGAGCUCGGGUUUGGCUGUGUCCCGAAUCAAGCGGCGUGUGUUUCUGGUGCUGGGCGGGCAGCUUCUGCCCCCACGCCCCUGAUGCACAGCGCUCGGCGGUGGAGCCCCGGGUAAAGCCAGCCAGCCACGCCCCUCGCCGACCGGCGCCGGCUGCCGUGGAGUUCGCCGUGGUCCUGAUUAGGUUUAACAGUGCCGAGACUUCAUUCUACUCAAGCACCAGAGACUACUCCUUCGCUGGUCGUCCUCCCGGGAGCCACACGUUUGGCCAGCUUCUUGCUCUCCCGCUUGCCAGUCUUGCUCUGUGGGUUUCCGGUGCAUGCUUCUUGGUACGUGCAGCUCCUGAUCUAUCUGCCGCCUCCCUCCAGCUGGAAGAGGUUUGGCUCCUAGAGUAGCCAGGGAAGCUUCGGACCUACGUGGUGACGAGGGGACUGUUAACCUGCGCUUUGUCCUGGAGGGCCCCUUGACCUAAUGGCAGCACCUCCGCUGGGCCGACUGGUGCUGACCCAUCUGUUCGUGGCCCUCUUCGGCAUGGGCUCCUGGGCUGCGGUCAACGGGAUCUGGGUAGAGCUGCCUGUAGUGACGAAAGAGCUCCCAGAGGGUUGGAGCCUCCCUUCGUACCUCUCUGUGCUUGUGGCGCUGGGGAACCUGGGUCUGCUGCUGGUGACCCUGUGGAGACGUUUGGCCCGCGGCAAGGGCGAGCGGAUCCCUAUCCAAGUGGUGCAGGGACUAAGCGUAGUGGGCACAGCCCUGCUGGCCCUUCUGUGGAACCACGUGGCCCCAGUGGCAGGGCAGUCCCACUCUGUGGCCUUCCUCACGCUGACUUUUGUAUUGUCACUGGCCUGCUGUGCUUCUAAUGUCACUUUCCUGCCCUUCCUGAGCCACCUGCCCCCUCCCUUUUUACGCUCUUUCUUCCUGGGCCAGGGCCUAAGUGCCCUGUUGCCUUGUGUGCUAGCCCUGGUGCAGGGGGUGGGCCGCCUUGAGUGUCUGCCCGUGCUGGGCAAUGAUACCACUGGGCCUCCUAUCCAGCUGUCCCCCAUCAAUUUCCCCGAGCGCUUUUCUGCCACCACUUUCUUCUGGGUUAUGACUGCCCUUCUGGGCACUUCUGCUGCUGCCUUCCAAGGUCUCCUGUUACUACUGCCAUCUUCACCCUCUGUCCCCACGGUGGAUGCAGGGCUUCAGAUAGGAACACCAGGAACAGAGGAGGAAGAGGAAGAGGAAGAAGAGGUCUCACCGUUGCAGGAACCGCCAGGCCAGGUGGCAGACACUGCUCCCAGCCCAGACCCUAAGGCCCAUCGGCUGUUCUCUUCCCGAAGUGCCAGUCUACUGGGGCUGCUGGCUGUCACCAAUGCUCUGACCAACGGUGUGCUGCCUGCUGUACAGAGCUUUUCCUGCCUGCCCUACGGGCGCCUGGCCUACCACUUGGCUGUCGUACUGGGUAGCUCCGCCAACCCCCUUGCCUGUUUUCUGGCCAUGGCAGUGCUGUGCAGGUCUCUGGCAGGGCUGUAUGGUCUGUCUAUUCUGGGCAUGUUCUUUGGAGCCUACCUGAUGACACUGGCAGUCUUAAGUCCCUGUCCUCCUCUGGUGGGCACCUCUGCAGGUGUGGUCCUUGUGGUGCUCUCGUGGGUACUGUGUGCGGGCGUGUUCUCAUACGUCAAGGUGGCGAUCAAUUCCCUGCUGCACAGUGGAGGCCGGCCAGCACUGCUUGCAGCUGGUGUGGCUAUCCAGGUGGGCUCUCUGCUGGGUGCCAUUACCAUGUUCCCUCUCACCAGCAUCUAUCCAGUAUUUCAGAGUGUAAAGGACUGUGCGGACCAGUGUGGCCCCUGAACCUGGGACAUGUGGGACUUACUUCACCUCACUUGUCUCCCCCUGGAGAUCGCCACAGUGACUGAGUCCGGUGGCCCAAGGUGGCCUCUCUGCUCACAGAUACACUCAUGGAUAUUGUACACUCCGUAAGAGACCUGGCUUUUGAGAAAAGACCAGGGUGAGGACCAAAGAGCAGGCCUGGAGCCAGGGGUAGGUUAGGGCCAUGGCCUACACCCUGGGAUCUUUGCGGGCUUUUCAGAAUAAAACGUCAUCUUUA